AUGGGGCGGUUGCGGUGGCAGGUGGCGGCCGCGGCGGCUGUGGGCCUGGCUCUGGCCCUGGAGGCGCUGCCCGGGGUGCUGCGCUGGCUGCGGUCCAGGCGGCGGCGGCCGCGGCGCGAGGUCCUGUUCUUCCCGUCGCAGGUGACCUGUACCGAGGCUCUGCUGCGGGCUUCGGGCGCGGCGCUGGCCAGGCUCCCCGAGGGCUGCCCGUGCGGCCUCCCCCACGGCGAGAGCGCGCUGAGCCGCCUGCUGCGUGCCCUGUUGGCCGCCCGCGCCAGCCUGGAGCUUUGCCUGUUCGCCUUCUCCAGUCCGCAGCUGGGCCGCGCUGUGCAGUUGCUGCACCAGCGCGGGGUGCGAGUGCGGGUAGUCACCGACUGCGACUACAUGGCCCUCAACGGCUCGCAAAUCGGCCUGCUGCGCAAGGCAGGGAUCCAGGUCCGGCACGAUCAGGACCUGGGCUACAUGCAUCACAAGUUUGCCAUCGUGGACAAGCGGGUGCUCAUCACUGGCUCGCUCAACUGGACCACGCAAGCCAUCCAGAACAACAGGGAGAACGUUCUCAUCAUGGAGGACGACGAGUACGUGCGGCUUUUUCUGGAAGAAUUUGAGCGCAUCUGGGAAGAGUUUAACCCUACAAAGUACACCUUUUUCCCGCAAAAAAAGAAAAGCCACUGAAGCUGUGCCCCGCCUGUCUCCAGAGCUGGAGGGAAAUCACUUUCAUGGCACAGAACUUGCCGCACCUCCAGGCAAAACCAAACCUAACCAAGAAUGGGGCUGAGCCCUCCCUGCGGGCUGCUGUGCCUUCUGAGGGAGGGAGGCCUCACGUUACACCAAAUUCUCAUCUCUUAGAAUACUAAGUUGAACGAAAGAAGGUUAGGAAGGGGAAAUUUCUGUUAUUUCAGGUCAGUUAUUUUGGGCCAGACCUUUUCUUUGGCCCUUUGCCAAAAUAACUUCAGUCAUGACCUGCCAUGGGUGCUUUCAGGAGUGUGGUCCGUAUCUCGGUUUGGAAUCGAAGCUUCUGCCACAGCACAGAAAAGGCACAGUGCCUUUUCCGGGUCGGUCCCAUUCCCUUCCCUGAUUCUAGAAAAGCCCCUUCUGCUUUGGCUGACGUGGCCCCUUUCGGCAUCUCCCUGAGAGUUCUUCCCUCUCUCCGUGUGGCACGACUGGGGUUGGUUGGGGCCAACAGUCUCCUUGUCCCUCACAGUCUGUCCCUGUCAGGGCUCGAUCCUCAGAGCGGGGAGAGGAAAUGGAAGUCAGGAGGAAGGGAAGAUGUGAGUGUGCGGUGUGGGUGGCAGAAGCAGCCUUUGGGCAACCCCGUGAGCGCCAUUGCCACCAAAGGCUGGCUGUUCCCUUGCUUCCUUGUAUAAUUCCUCUUUAAAACCAGUGUGCCCGCCAGUGCCAAGCUCUGAAGCAGCCUGUCCGUGGGUAGUAAGUGCCGUGGUCUGUCAGGACUGAUGGCCAGCAGCUGUUUCUUUUCUGUGAGAGGGAGUCUUACUCUGUGGUCCAGGCUGGAGUGCAGUGGCGCAACCUCGGCUCACUGCAACCUCUGCCUCCUGGGUUCAAGCGAUUCUCCUGCCUCAGCCUCCCGAGUAGCUGGUAUUACAGGCGCCCGCGACAACAUGUGGCUAAUUUUUUUUUUUUUUUUGGUAUUUUUAGUAGAGACAGGAUUUCACCAUGUUGAUCAGGCUGGUCUCGAACUCCUGACCUCAAGUGAUCCACUCACCUCAGCCUCCCAAAGUGCUGGGAUUACAGGUGUGAGCCACCACGCCUGGCUGGGGUUUUAACUUUUAACGUCCUAAUGUUUAAGGUAAUUGUGUUGUGUGUUUAGAAGUGACCUCACCUUUAACACCUGUGGAGUUAGUGCAUGCACAUUGCUGGCUCAGCGUAACCCAUCACGGGACUGGAGGAGAGGAGAGGAGGGAAGAGGAGAGCAGCUUCAGGCUGUGGUGUCUCCCACAUCUGUGUUCUUAUUUUCAGCUCAGGGUUUGCAUUCCCAGGUAGAACAGGUGUCAUAUGUUGUGAAAUGUUCCAGGUUAUUUGUUUAUAAUGUGUGUGUCAUAUAUAGAUAGCUCCAAUGACAUCUGAAGUUGUGACUUCACUACCUUGUCAUAUUUCUGUAUGAUGAGCCCCAGGGCCCGUCCUGCGGUCUGCUGGCCAUGUGCUUGGUCUCACCUCCCCAGCCCAUGCUGACGUUACCACCCAGAGACCCUUCAGUGCUGUGUGUUUUUGCUUUUUAGGGUUACUUUUGACUCACAGUGUUAGGCAGGCCAGCUUGGAAGUUAAGUUUUAAAAAAAUUCAAUUGAAGCUGUAAAGCAAAAUGUACAGAUGGGAAGUCACCAGAAAUUUGUUUUAGUUUGUGAAUUUCCACAGUGUAUGUUCUGGAAAGAAAAUGGGAGAGUGUGUAAAGCAUCUCCUGCAGGCGAAGCUGCGUGACCCUGGACUUCUGGCUCAUCUGAAUAAAUGUGUUCUUAUUCUGG